AUGAGGCGCGCUCCGACGGCGCCCGGCCUCUGCAUGCUGCUCUUGGGCGUGUCGCUCGCCUGCUACUCGCCCAGCCUGCGCUCGGUGCAGGACCAGGCGUACUCGGCGGCCGUGGUGCUGGAGGGCAAGGUGCAGGCGCUGCCGCCCGCCGCCGCCGCCUCUCCAUCUCCCACGGCGCCGGCGGGCGGCGUCAACGGCAGCCAGGCCGAGGGGGCGCCGGGCGUGGUGGUCAAGGUGCUGGACUUGUGGCCCUCGCACAGCGGCGGCCUGCAGCGGGAGCAGCUCAUCCGCGUGGGCUCCGCGCCGGCGCCCUGCUUCCGAGUCAAGCGCAACCACCGCUACAUCUUCUUCCUGGAGCCCACCGAGCAGCCGCUGGUCUUCAAGACCUCCUUCGCCCCGCUCGACACCAGCGGCAAGAACCUCAAGAAGGACGUGGGCAGGAUCCUGUGCGCCGACUGCGCUGUCCCUCCCAAACUCAAAAAACUGAAGAGUCUGACCGCGGAUGUGGGAGCGAAGGUUUCUUUGAAAUGUGAAGCAAGUGCUGGGAAUCCCCAGCCCUCCUACAAAUGGUUCAAAGAUGGCAAAGAACUGAAAAAGAGCAAAGAUAUCAGAAUAAAAUAUGGGAAUGGGAAAAAAAAUUCCAGACUGCAAUUCAAUAAAUUGAAAAUGGAAGAUACAGGGGAAUACAGCUGCGAAGCAGAGAAUGUGCUGGGCAUAGACACGGUCCAAGGCAGCCUCAGCGUGAGAAGUGUAACCACAACUCUGUCCUCUGGGCCUGGACAUACUAGACAAUGCAAUGAAACCGUCAAGUCCUAUUGUGUCAACGGUGGAGUGUGCUACUACAUUGAGGGCAUAAAUCAGCUGUCCUGCAGAUGUCCAAAUGGAUUCUUCGGACAGAGAUGUUUGGAGAAACUGCCUUUGCGAUUGUACAUGCCAGAUCCUAAGCAAAAAGCUGAGGAGCUGUAUCAGAAGAGAGUUCUAACCAUCACUGGGAUUUGUGUUGCAUUGCUAGUUGUGGGAAUAGUGUGUGUAGUAGCUUACUGUAAAACCAAAAAACAGAGAAAUCAAAUGCAUAAUCAUUUGCGACAAAAUAUGUGUCCAGCCCAUCAGAACAGGAGCCUUGCGAAUGGCCCUAGCCACCCACGGCUAGACCCUGAGGAAAUUCAGAUGGCUGAUUAUAUGUCUAAAAAUGUUCCUGCCACUGAGCACGUCAUACGAAGAGAAACAGAGACCACCUUUUCAGGGAGCCGUUCCUGCUCACCAUCACAUCCCUGUUCCACAGGAACUCCAACUUCAAGCCAAAGACAUGAAAGCCACACCUGGAGCCUGGAAAGAACAGAAAGCCUGACUUCCGAUUGUCAGUCUGGAAUUAUGUUGUCUUCAGUGGGAACCAGCAAAUGCAAUAGCCCUGCCUGCGUGGAAGCACGUGCUCGGCGGGAGGCUGCGUACUCCACUGACGGACAGAGGAGGCCAAGGAUGCAGUACAGAGACUCCGUGGAUUCCCUCCGAGACUCGCCACAUAGUGAGAGGUACGUGUCUGCCUUGACCACGCCAGCACGCCUGUCACCUGUUGACUUCCAUUGCCCGGCUUCCGCCCACAUGCCCACUUUUGAGAUCACCUCGCCUAACUCCGCUCAUGCCGUCUCACUGCCCCCUGCCGCAUCCAUUAGCUUCCAGGUGGAGGAGCAGCAGCCAUUGCUCCGAAGGUACCAGGUCCCUUUCCAAGAUGUGCAGCGGUACGAUAGUUACUACCAAAGAAGGAACUACCUGAAUGAGAGCACGGGGAGCUUGCCCUCCAGUCCCUUCCGCAUCACAGAGGACGACGAGUACGAGACCACUCAUGAGUACGUCACUGCACUAGAACAGCCAAAGAGAACAGGCAGCAGCAACAGGCGGUGGAGGAAAUCAAAACUAAAUGGGCAUCUGUCACACAAGGGCAAAAUGCUCAGAGACUCCUUUUCAGUGAGCAGUGCCUCAUACAGCGAAUCUGAUGAGGAGCUGGUGGCUGAGAGCACCCCCUUCCUAAAUCUUCGGGACACUGAGGUGAUGGACGUGGAUUCACCCCCUCUGUAUCGUCUGGCUGAGAGCAGGACUUUCUAUUCUUUCGACAGAUGCAGCACACAGGGAGACAGUCGGUUGACACAUACUCGGUCCAACCAAGAUUCAGCACCACCUUAGAUGCCGCACAAAGUCGUGCUCAGGCCCACUCCCAUGAAAACACUGAGGAGGGAUUAAAAAAAAUAACAACAGAAAAGACAAAUUUUUAUUUUAUAUAUAAAAAGGAAAAAUAUAACAAAUGAAAUGUUUUAUUUUCAUUUUAGCAAUGAUGUCUUAUAAUAGCUAAUGGCAAAGACCGUUUUAUAAGGAGUCUCUAUUUAUAUGUAACACCUUGAUUUACAGCUGAUGAGAAAUGAAGAAAUCAACAAAAUAAAAAUUUAAAAAAUGAGAUGGGCCAAUUUUUGACUACUUACAAAUCAUUAAAAAUAUCGUGGUGCCUUUUGCUAUAUGCUAAUGCCAGAGUCCACACAAGUAAUUAUGUUUAAGCAUUCUUUGGCUUUAUGUUCAGGACAACUUGUUAUGGAAUAUUUUAAUGGGCACUUUUCCACUUGAACAAGACCCUUUUAAAUUGCUUGAUAUUUGGAUGUUGGUAAUCUAGUACUUUUAAUGUAUUGCACACACUCUUUCUCUCUCUCUUACACCCACCCACCACGACAUACAUCUCAAUGUUUUCAUAGAUAAGAAGGAAGUGAAAAAAGCACACAGUAGCAAUAGCCCUUAUGAUGUAUCUCUUGCCCUGAACAGAUCUAUAAAAAUGGGGGGACCAAAUAACCAAACAAAUUAAACAUUUCCAAUUAAUGUGGUUAAAUAACACUUAUUUAAGUAAAGCUACUUUUAAAAUCUGGUUCAACAUCAUGAUUGGAGACAAGCUCUAGCUAUUUAUUAGCGACUCUGAGCAACCACUGUGCAUUUCACAGAGCAAAAAAAUGGGCAGUCCAGAUGCUGAGGCUGGCUUGAUCAUAAGCCC